AUGGCGGAGAUCAAGAUUGAUAGCCAGCUCUUCCAAGAGCGCAUCUCACAUUUUGUGAGCUCCUGGAAGAACGAUGCGCGCUCCAAGGAUGGCCUCUUCAAUGGAGCAUCCUCUAUCCUGAUCCUCAUGGGCAAAGCAGAGGAUAGCCAGGACUUUCACAAAAACAAUGCUAUGCAUUUCUGGUUGCUCGGAUACGAAUUCCCCGCGACACUGAUGCUGUUCACGAUGGACUGCCUGUAUAUCGUGACGACUGCCAAGAAAGCCAAGCACCUCGAGCAGCUGAAGGGCGGACGAUUCCCGAUCGAGAUCCUAGUUCGUGGAAAGGAUGCCGCCGAGAACGAAAAGUCAUUUGUUAAGAUUGCCGACACUAUCAAGGCUGCGGGCAAUAAGAUCGGUACACUCGCCAAGGAUACUUCCCGAGGCCCCUUCAUCGAAGAGUGGAAGAAGACUUUUGCCGACCAAUGCAAGGACGUCACCGAGGUUGAUAUUUCGCAAACGCUAUCAGUUGCCGCGUUCUCGGUCAAGGAUGAAACCGAGCUCCGCGCGAUGCGAACGUCAUCCAAGGCUUGCGUUGCCCUCAUGACGCCCUAUUUCUUGGAGGAAAUGUCCAACAUUCUUGAUCAGGAAAAGAAGGUCAAACAUAGCACGCUUGCUGAUAAGGUGGACAAGAAGCUGGAUGACGAUAAAUUUUGGAAGACGGUGCAGCUUCCCAACAAGUCCAAGCUCCCUUCGGAUCUUGACCCUACCCAACUCGACUGGGUGACCGGCCCCAUCGUGCAGAGCGGCGGCGCGUACGACCUCAAACUCUCGACGGAAGCGAACGACAACUUUCUACAUGCCGGCACGAUUAUUGCUGCCAUGGGUCUUCGUUACAAGUCGUACAGUUCGGCGAUUGCGCGUACCUACCUCAUCGACCCGAAUAAGUCCCAGGAGGGCAACUAUAAGCUCCUCUGCAACGUGCACAAUACCGUGCUCAAGGAAAUCCGGGAUGGCGCUGUGGCAAAGGAUGUCUAUCACAAGGCGCUGAGCACUAUUCGCUCGAAGAAGCCCGAGAUGGAGAAGCACUUCUUGAGGAAUGUCGGCUGGGGCAUCGGUCUGGAAACCAAGGACACGACCAUGGUCCUGAAUGGGAAGAAUGGCCGGACCCUCAAAGACGGCAUGACCCUCUGCAUCACGACCGGCUUUAGCGAUAUCGAGAAUCCCAACCCGCAGGACAAGAACAGCAAAAUUUACUCGCUGAUGAUCAUGGACACCAUUCGCGUCACAAGCACUGAUCCGGUUGUCUUCACGCAAGAGGCGCCCAUUGAAGCAAAUUCCAACUCUUUCUUCUUCAAGGACGAGGAGGAGGCGCAGCCAACGCCGAAGAAGGAGAAGAAAGACCAUCGGGUUGGAGCGGUCGCCACCAAGAACAUCACCCAGACGAGGCUGAGAUCAGAGCGCACCACCCAAGUUGAAGAUGACGCUGAUACAAAGCGGCGGCAGCAUCAACAGACGCUAGCGGCAAAGAAGCAGAAAGAAGGCACGCAACGCUACGCCGAGUCCACGGGUGGACAGAAUGGCGUGGAAGCCAAGACGUUCAAAAAGUUUGAAUCAUACAAGCGAGACAACCAGUUGCCGCUCAAGGUGCGCGACCUCAAGAUCAUCGUGGAUGUUAAGAGCAGUACCGUCAUCGUUCCUGUCAUGGGACACCCGGUGCCGUUUCACAUCAACACGAUCAAAAAUGCGAGUGUCAACGAUGAGGGUGACUGGGAUGCUACCGCCCACUUCGUCCGCAGUUUGACCUUCCGCUCCGAGCAUAAGGAGCGCUAUACCGAGAUCGCCAAUCAAAUCUCCAACAUGAAGCGUGACGUUGUCAAGAAGGAGCAGGAGAAGAAGGACAUGGAGGACGUUGUCGAGCAGGAUAAGCUGGUUGAGAUAAGGAGUGAAUCGCCGCCCCCUGUACUGGAUAAUGUCUUUAUUCGGCCUGCGAUGGAAGGUAAACGCGUGCCCGGGAAGCUGGAGAUCCACCAAAAUGGUAUCCGUUACCAAUCUCCCCUCAGCACUCAGCAGCGCGUCGACAUUCUCUUCUCCAAUGUCCGCCACUUGUUCUUCCAACCCUGUCAACACGAGCUCAUCGUAGUCAUUCAUAUCCACCUCAAGGACCCCAUCAUCGUUGGUAACAAAAAGAAGACCAAGGACGUGCAGUUCUACCGCGAAGCAACGGACAUCCAAUUCGAUGAAACGGGUAAUCGCCGAAGGAAAUACCGAUACGGUGAUGAGGAUGAAUUCGAACAGGAGCAGGAGGAAAGGCGCCAACUUGGUUUCCACGGUGUUCCGUUCCGAAGCAACGUCUUCAUCCAACCAACCACCGAUUGCCUCAUCCAGGUGGUGGAGCCACCCUUCAUGGUGCUCACGCUCGAAGACAUCGAAAUUGCUCACCUGGAACGUGUCCAGUUUGGCCUGAAAAACUUUGAUCUCGUCUUUGUCUUCAAGGAUUAUAGUCGCGCGCCGUACCACAUCAACACGAUCCCGAUGGAGCAGAUCGAGGACGUAAAAGACUGGCUUGACAACUCGGAUAUUCUCUACAGCGAAGGUCCUCUGAACCUGAGCUGGCCCACCAUUAUGAAGACGGUUACCGCGGACCCGCACCAGUUUUUCCAGGACGGCGGCUGGUCAUUCCUUCAACAAGAAUCCGACGAUGAAGGUGGAUCUGAUGAAGAGGACGAAGAAAGCGCCUUCGAGAUUGACGACGACGACCUUGAUGCUGCCUCGGAAUCGAGUGAAGAGGAUUCCGACUAUGGCUCUAAUGUCUCGGAUGAGGAUGAUGAAGACGAGGCCGAGCUGAGUGACGACGACGAAGGUGACGACUGGGAUGAGAUGGAAGAGAAGGCCAAGAAACGCGACCGCGAGAGUGGUCUCGAUGACGAGGACCGGGGCCGAAAGAAGCGCAAGCACUAA